CGCCGUGGACGACGCUUUUGGCCGAUCACUAGCAGUAGUUUUGUAGACAACACAGUCCAACAUACUGAAUCACCGAAAGCUGUUUAUUACUGUACCUUCUUUAAUGGAGGAUGCCUACGCCAGAUCCGUUACUGAGGUAAUUGACAUGCAUCGCUGCAUAUCUAAUCUCCAACUUCAGACCCGCCGCCAUUCGUUAAGAAUCUGCUUCUGAUUCUCUGAUUAGGUCUUGGAUUUCUUCAUGGUAGACCUGACGAAAGGUCUCACUGAUUCUCAGGUUAUACAGCAUGGUAUGAAGAGCUUCCAGCUUUACAACAAACACUAGCGUUGCAACGUAUGGCACUGUUCACCAGGGUUGAGCCUUCUCAUAAAAGAAUGCUGGUUGAGGCCUUACAAAACCAGAAUGAAGUGGUUGCCAUGACUGGUGAUGGUGUCAAUGAUGCACCUGCAUUGAAGAAAGCGGACAUUGGAAUUGCAAUGGGAUCUGGGACAGCUGUUGCAAAGAGUGCUUCAGAUAUGGUUUUAGCUGAUGACAAUUUUGCUACAAUUGUCGCAGCUGUUGCGGAAGGAAGGGCUAUAUACAACAAUACAAAGCAAUUCAUCAGAUACAUGAUCUCUUCAAAUAUUGGUGAAGUAGUAUGUAUUUUUGUGGCAGCUGUACUAGGAAUACCUGAUACCCUUGCUCCUGUCCAGCUCUAUGGCUCCACUUGGUAACUGAUGGAAUACCUGCCACCGCCAUUGGGUUUAAUAAGCAAGAUUCUGACGUAAUAAAGGCCAAACCUCAGAAGGUAUUAUUGCAAUAUGUGGAAAUGUUUUAUAUAGCUGUAAUGUUCUUCAUUAGCUUUGUGCACUCUUUUGUCCAGCUGUCUUUAGAUCUCAAUUUAUUUUUGAAUGAAAAGGGGGCAAAAGGUGGCCUUAAACCUUUUAAGAAUUUAGUUCAGAACUAUUGUGAUGUAGUUUGGAAUUUUCUUAUUUUAAUGGCUAUUUAACAAAGAAUAAGCAUGUUUUUUUUACUUAUGUAUUCAACUUCUCGGAUGUAAAACCAUUGUCCAAAUUUAUUUCCUAAACCUGCAACGAUGGACCUAUUACUACGCUUUGGUGACGCUGAACUAAAGAUGAAAAGUUGUUACAGUUGUUAAAUAUUAACUUGAAAUUGAGUUAGCAAGGAUGCAAAAUGAGGCUGAUGAAAGAUUCACUCGUGGUGCAACGACUAAUGACGUUAAACAGAAGUAUUUAUGUUGAUAUAAAUUCUUAGGAGCUCAUUUCAAACCAAAAGUGGCUGGGGGGUCAAGGUCCCCAAUUGUGCAUUAUUUCAGUUUUUAUAUUUAUAUUCUACAUUGGUCAAAAGGCUGUGUGGAUAAAAGAGUUCUCAAUUGUAUCAUGUGUGCAGGUUGGAGAAGCAGUGGUGACUGGUUGGUUGUUCUUUCAUUAUUUAGUUAUUGGAGGUAUCCAUAAAUGGUACACCAUAAUGUUGUAAUAAUAGCUGCCCAAUUGUCUGCAAUUUUUUAUUAAAUUGAGGAUCUUCUGUUUAUUAGUUCAUAUUUUGCUGUUUCUACUUUUGUGGUUUUCUAGUUGAAUAAACAGUCAGCACUGAU